AGCCAAUGAGCUGUUAGUUUACUACAGUGUGGUGAAGAAGGAGGGAAAAGAUGUGCUGCAGUUCGCGGGCUGAGAGGCAGCAGCAAACAUGGAGGUGGAGAUGACGGAGGACUGUGAGAAGAAGCCGACCGAUAGUGAGGAGAAGGGGGACACAGGAGGCGGGGAGAGCUCGGCCAAAAGCUCCGGCAGUUCGUACGAGCUCCCGUGGGUAGAGAAAUACCGCCCGCUGAAGCUGAAGGAGAUCGUGGGGAACGAGGAGACGGUGAGCCGGCUGGAGGUGUUCGGAAGAGAGGGCAACGUCCCGAACAUCAUCAUCGCGGGUCAGUGUGACUGAGAAACAGAGGAGAGGGCCGACAUCAUUUAAUAUCAUUUAAUACUAUUCAACAUUAUUUAACAUUAUUUAACAUGAACUCAUUAUUCCACCAUUUUACUGAAUAAUCAUCAUGAAGAGGACAGACUCAGUUUACAGACUUUAUCACAGUUUUAAAGAAAAAUUAGAUCAGCUGUUUUAAUUUACACUAAACAUAGAAAUGAAAUUAUCAUUACAUCAUUUUAUUUAGUGAAAAACAGAAUAAAUGGAAAAGUUUAAGGAUGUGAGAGACUGUAAGGACCAGACUGACAACAGGGUCAGAUACGAUCAAAAAGUUUAUUAUCACGAUAAUUUAUUAUCAGCCGAUAUCGAUAUAUCACGAUAUAAAAAUGAAAUGUAACCGUGUUUCUUGGUCUCAUGUCUUUUCAAUAAUCUCCUGCAUCUGUGAGGUCUUUGUGUCUCUUUGGCGUUUUGUCGUAAGGCGUCGCUCUAGAGAAAGACGACUGAAUGGUCGUCUGUUUCAGGCGCCAUGGGCUCCUCGCUCCUCUCGGGGUUUGUAACCUUUGGCGUUGCGAGGGGGUCCAGUGAUGGUUAACCUGUGAACCAGUUAGGAUUAAAAGUUCAGACUUUGUUGUGUGAGUUUAGUUUAGUGAGAUUAAACCAAAUCUGUGACUAAAGAAAGUACAAGAAUCCUGAUCUGGUUUUUGUGAUCCAGGUCCUCCGGGCACAGGAAAGACCACCAGCAUCUUGUGUUUGGCCCGAACUCUGCUGGGCGCCUCCAUGAAGGACGCCGUGCUGGAGCUCAACGCCUCGAACGACAGGUCAGACUGGCAGCUGUGGGUCCACUUGAGUUUUUGAACAUGAGUGGGCGAGCUAAUGUCCUCUGUUGGCAUCUGCAGGGGAAUCGACGUGGUGAGGAACAAGAUCAAGAUGUUUGCUCAGCAGAAAGUCACACUGCCCAAAGGACGACACAAGAUCAUCAUCCUGGACGAGGCGGACAGGUGAGAGUCCGGGUCAGUGGGCGCUGUGCCUCAGAGAGAAGAGAGGGCGACCUGCCCAGCUCCUCUGAUUCUAUCAUUAUUGAUUUUAACGUAGCUGAAAACAGAAAAACACGUUUGUUUUCUUCUCCUCCAAACUUCAAACCUCUCAGUUUUAGUCAGAAACACGAUCAAAACUCAGUCUUUCCCUUUCUCCGUCCUGCAGCAUGACUGAUGGAGCUCAGCAGGCGCUGAGGAGGAUCAUGGAGAUCUACUCCAAGACGACGCGCUUCGCUCUCGCCUGUAACGCCUCCGACAAAAUCAUCGAGCCGAUCCAGUCUCGCUGCGCCGUGCUGCGGUACUCCAAACUGACAGACGGGCAGAUCCUGGCCCGGCUGCAGGAGGUGGUGGAGAAGGAGCGACUGUCUGUGUCCGAUGACGGGCUGGAGGCGGUCAUCUUCACCGCCCAGGGAGACAUGAGACAGGUGAGGAGGGAGGCGGAGUUUAGAGAGGAGGUUAAAGGUGCUCGUGGUCGUUCUGCUCACCUUUCUGCUGUUUCCAGGCGCUCAACAACCUGCAGUCCACGAACUCCGGCUUCGGCUUCAUCAACAGUGAGAAUGUGUUCAAAGUGUGCGACGAGCCCCACCCCCUGCUGGUGAAAAGCAUGCUGGGACACUGCGUGGAGGGGAAGAUCGACGAGGCCUACAAGGUGGUGGAGCAGCUGUGGGCGCUGGGUUACUCUCCAGAGGACAUCAUCGGAAACAUCUUCAGGGUCUGCAAGACGUACCAGAUGGCCGAGUACCUGAAACUGGAGUUUAUCAAGGUGAGAGCGAGCGGCGGCGGCGUCCUGCUCCGACUCGGAGAAACAAGUUUAUACACUUUUUAGUUUUCCAGACAGUCAGCUGCUCGUCUUCUUCCCUGACGCUGCGCUCUCGUUCCUGCAGGAGAUCGGUUACACUCACAUGAGGGUGGCCGAAGGCGUGAACUCCCUGCUGCAGAUGGCCGGUCUGUUGGGUCGACUCUGCAGUAAAACGCUGCCCCCUGCUGCCAGCUGAGGCCCAUAACACCGUCUGAAAACCUGCUGCUGCCCGUCAGACUGUCGGAAAACAACCCGCCACUGUGGACCGUGUGACUAAAACAGACUUUCUCACCGACGAUCAAUCAGCUGAUAAAUUUACUCCAAUAAUUCAGAAUAAAAGCACAUUUGUAAUAAAAGAAAUGAAAACGAUCCAUGAGUGACAGUUUCAUGAGUUGAACUUUGAACAUAAACUGAGUUUGAGACUCGAGUUCGUCA